UGUAGAGGGAGGUUUGAUCUUUGAAGGCUAGUCAUACUGCAUAUACCCGUGAAGAACUGGUAAACGCAACUGUUGGGGGUUGGUAAUGCCUGUUGUUCGUGACGGUAAGACAAGACUCCUACGCUACCCUGCCUUACUGUCACAAUGCAUCCUUGAAUCUUCAGUGUAUGCGAAAUGUGUUUUGUCAUUAAAAGAUGUUAAGCACAAUUCUUGCGAAAAAGAAUUUCAAAUAUUAAAACGUUGUGUCCAAAGCCGUGCACGAGAAGCCGGUAUAAGACUUUGAUUUCUGUUGUUGCUGUCUAAGAUGUCGGGAAGCGAGAAGUCAAAAGCCAACUUGACUUCUCAUGUCAGUUUGUUCCCAGCACCACCUUGGCAACUGAUAAAUAAACUCUUCAGUACCGAGACCCCUCCACGCCCACCUACCCCUCCUGGUUCAACUGCGUACAGAAUGUUCGGAAAUUUUUACAAUUCUGAAGAUGCCAUCCUCCGAUCUCUGGAAUCACAAGGUGUUCGUCGAGUUUAUCCACAGACGUAUAAUCGUAAGCGGGAGUUAAGAAAAAUUAAUUUUUCAAUAUUGGCUAACUAUUUGGAUUUGUUGGACAUCAUCACUCGUGAUCCUAGUUCAUGUAAACGAGCAGAAAAGCUUGAUCAUUUGGCCAUUCUAUUCAUUAAUAUGCAUCAUCUUGUUAAUGAGUACCGACAACACCAAGCCAGAGAUUUACUUCGAGAAAUUCUUAAAUAUCAGGUUAACAUAGGAGCAGAAACUGUCGAAAAGGCUGAACAGUAUUUAACACGAGCAGACGAACAACUCAGGAUAGCAGCUAAUGAUCUUACUGUCCCUGGUACACCAGUUUCAACUUCUAGUAGUUUUAAUCUCAUGGACAAUCUACGGAAUGGUCUGAAUGAUCUAGGCCCCGAGUUGGCUCCCUUAUUACAUACGGUACUUGAUGAGACACUAGUAUCUAAUCCUGUUGGUCGGUAUUUGCAACCUAAGCAAGGAUCUAUAUCCCUUCCAAAUCAAUCAUUGGAAUACUGUUCUGUCAAUGUGAACAAUCCUGAUGAUUAUCGAAUACCUGAUCACAUUGAUAUGGCUCUUUGGGAUUUUCUAUUUCAAACUAAAGACGAUUCUGAAAUGGAUGUUAGCUAGUGUGCAUUUAUUUCAUUGUAUUCUCAGAAUCAGUAUAAAUAAAUUAUUUUCGUGUGUAUUGGAA